AUGGUGUCGUUACUGAUCAAGCUAUUGUUAAUGGUGACUUGAAAUUUGAGGUUAUAUAGUUGUAAAAAUUACAAUUUACUUAUUUGUCGUAAUUUUUACUACCAAAGUUCUACUUUUUAAGUUCAACAUACGGUAGUAAUCAUAAAAUUCAUAAAUAAUGAAUCAUUUCAUUGAUAAAUAAUGUUUAUUUGAAACAUUUCUAAAAUAAUGUGGUCCAUGAGAAUAGUGAUGGUAGUGAUGAUGAUGGUGGUGGCUAUUCAGGCUGUUUGACAAAUAGUUCAAAUAUUUUUUUAAUAUAUUAAAUUAUCAUUUAAUUCAUCAUGGUUAAAGAAAAGCCAAAUUCUAUCCGCAUUUACGAUUCUGAGGGUUAUAGACGUAGAGCAGCGUGCAUUUGCGUCAAAAGCGACCUCGAAGACGAGGUUUUAUUAGUAACAUCGAGUAGACGGCCAGAUAGUUGGAUAGUACCUGGAGGGGGUGUAGAACCCAAUGAAGAUCCUGCAGUGACUGCAUUGAGAGAAGUUAGAGAAGAAGCUGGUGUAUUAGGGCAACUUGGUAGAUGUCUUGGUAUCUUUGAGAAUCUAGAGCAUAAACAUCGUACUCAAGUAUGGGUGAUGCGAGUAACAGAAGAAUUACCAGAAUGGGAAGAUUCACGAAAUAUCGGACGAAAAAGACAAUGGUUUACAAUACAUGACGCUUUAGUACAAUUAGCUCAGCAUAAGCCCGUCCAACGCUCUUAUGUUUACAGUCUCUGCAAUACCAAUCCUCGACAUGGUACAUUAACAAACUCCUCAUCUUUACAUCAUCCUUCGCUAUCUACCACGACAAUUCAACUUGUCUCAAAUGCAUCAACAGACACUCAGUGUCAAUGUAAACACAGUUAAUGUUAACAGCAAUAAUUUUAAUCGAAUAAUUGUUUCCAUCAAAUGUGCUAUUGUAUUACUGCAUUCAUGAUUAAUGAUGAUGAUGAUAAUGAAACAACUAUCAUACAUAUUUUAUACAUAAUAAUUAUAUUCAUUUCAUGGAUGUUGUUUAUGCAAGUGGAAAAAUAUGUGAGGCCAAGAAUUGAAAGAUUGAUUUCUUUGUGGAGAUUUAUAAAUGACUAUUGUCAGCGUACGGGGGAUUAUAAUUUUAAAUAAAAACUAAUUUAUAUGCUUAA